ACAUCAAUACAACGUAGAGGGGGUGGAUGCUUUGAUCAUGUGUUUUCGUGAAUGUCAACAAACAACACAGGUGAAUAUUGACCCUUAGUAAACCGAUAUCGUUCAACGGCUACCAAACUAAAUAAUGUCUUCAGACUUCAAUCCCAAAGAUCACCAACAUAUACGUUUCAAUCCCCUCAAAGGGGAAUGGGUUCUAGUCUCUGCACAUCGUAUGAAACGACCCUGGACAGGUCAAGUAGAAAAACCAUCCGAGGAAGAUAUUCCAAGACAUAAUCCUAAAAAUCCACUGUGUCCUGGUGCCACAAGAGCCAAUGGAAAGGUAAACCCAAAUUACACAAGUACAUUUGUUUUUGAGAAUGACUUCCCAGCAUUACUUAAUGAGGGCACAGUUGAUCCAGCACAGGCAUCAGUGCUAUUAUACACCACCAAGAACCACUUGGAACCAUCCAGGACCUCUGUUUGGGCAAGCAACUUCAUGCCAAAUGAACCAAGAGUUAAAGACAAACAUCAACGGGAUUACUACAUCAAAGAGAAAGUACCAAUGCUGAUGGAGUAUCUGAAGGUAGAACUUGAAAAGAAAGAAAGAAUAGUAGUGGAAAAUGAUAUGUGGGUUGCUGUUGUACCAUGGUGGGCUGUCUGGCCUUAUGAGACCAUGCUGUUGCCCAAGAGACAUGUUUUACGGUUUCCUGAUCUGAUCGAAGAGGAACGCAAAGCCUUGGCCGACAUUAUGAAGCAACUACUGACAAAAUACGAUAACUUAUUUGAGACGUCAUUUCCAUAUUCCAUGGGCUGGCAUGGUGCUCCUACAGGGGACAGUUUCAAUGAAGACAACAGCCAUUGGCAGUUGCAUGCUCUGUACUUCCCACCUCUGUUAAGGUCAGCAACAGUUAAGAAGUUCAUGGUUGGGUAUGAGAUGCUAGCUCAGCCUCAGCGAGAUCUCACAGCAGAGCAGGCUGCUGAGAAGCUUCGUAACCUACCAGAUGUUCACUACAAGGUUCAAAGUUCACAAGCAAAUAGCUCAUGAAUUUUAGAGUCAGUAUAAGGGUAUAUAUGGCACUUGUUAUGGGUCUAUCAUUCAUAAGAAUAAUUACAGAAAACACAGAAUACCAUAAAUAUUCUAAUAAGCACAGCAACACUUCGAGUGUAGCGCUUGAGAACAGUGCUUGCUACAAAUUAUUGCAGUGCUAAAAUGUAUUUUACGUAGGUUUACCUGACUUGUUGGUUAAAUAAUCCUUGAGAAAAUUGUAAUUUAAAAGUAUCCGUAUGAUAGAGAACAAUAAAUCAUUUUAAGUAUGUACACUUGAUUAUGUUCCCUGACGUUUAUUCAAAGUAGAAUAUAUCUGAUAAACGCUAAGGCGCUUAUUUUAGUGUGCCACUUUAGGGAAAAAAGAUCAUGUCCGGUGUGGCAUUUAUUCGAGAGCAGUGCUUAUUCGAAGGCAGUACUUAUUUGAACAUUUAUUGUAAUUUCACUAUGGUAAUAAAGUCACAAUGUUCAAAGUGCUAAUUCCCUGUUGCUCUCAGGACGAGACUCUUUUAAUUCCUUGUUUCGCGAAACUUAUUUUUUAAAGAUCGUCAGAGGAUGUUUUAUUUCUGUUUAGUAUAAAUGUUGGCCCCAUUUUUAUCUCGCCUUCUUUCUUUCCCAAUUUUGGUGUAAUUUAAAUGUAAAUGAAUUUUGUGCAAAGCUUGGAUGAUUUUUUUUCCUUGAAUUUGCAUAUUCGAUAAUAAUAAUAAUAAUAAUAAUAAUAAUAAUAAUAAUAAUACAAUAAUAAUA